AUGAACGCCUAUACAUCAUCAAAAGCAACAUUUCGUUUAGAAAAGGAAAAGGUUUUACCAACAACAGACCCCAAAUCACCAUUUUUCUACAAUCUACCACCAAGUGACUCCAAACCAAUUGAUACCCUUUUGGAGUUUUUUAAAGAUUGGAAAUAUUUCAUAAAGUCGGUAUUAUACUACUUUCAAGAAAUCACUUUAGUAAAAGAGUUGGAAGCAAAUUUGAAUUAUCAGCUUAUCAGUGCCGUUCAAUUCCCAGGUUGCAGAGAUUUACCACAACGGAUUAUUCAUGAUAUCAACUUGAAAAGAGAACCAGCCAAUAAUAAUACACCACCGAAAACUACGCCAACAAAGGAAUUGAAAAAAACACUAUCUAGUUCUAGCUUAAACUCUAUGAGUAGCACGGCUACACAUGGUAGUACUGCCUCGUCAGUCUCUACACAAAGUCACGGUCAAGCAACUCCUGCUGGAAAUACAAAUGCUAAUGCAACUACAAGUAGUGGGCAAAGAGUUACACAUGAGAAGGGACAGCGACCGGGUUUACUAAAGACCAAAUCUAGCACAAAUCAAUCCUUUUUGAAAAAUGCAACUAGCAAUUUACACAAGAGAAAUAGCUCUUUAUCUUCAUUAAAAAAUGCACCAUCGACAUCACUGUUGCUGAUACCUUUUUUACAUCAACAGCUGCAUCAACAACAACAACAACAACAACAACAACAACAACAACAACAACCACUACUGCACGGCCUGCACCAACAACUACAGCGACUGCAACAGCAACAGCAAAAUGGACAAUCACAACAACAGCAACAUCAAAGUGGAGGUUCUUUACCUCCAAUCUUAACCACUACACAAUACACAAAUGACGUUAAAAUUUCCAAGGGUAUGUUUCCUGAGAAUUCACUAUUCACCAAUCUUCCUUCUUUGUUAUUGAGUUCUCAUCAUAGUGCUUUUUCCAAUAGUCACAAAUUACACAAAGACUUGACAACAAAGCUAAUUCCACGGUUGGAAAUAUUGCUCAAACAAGUAUCGCACAAGAUCAAAGAAAUUAAGGCAUCUUUAAGAAAUGAUGCCUUUGCAAACACAGAAUUAUCAAAGGAAGUUUCUGAAACGGGACAAGUUGUGAGUCGGUACACAAGUGCUAUUGAGCUUUACUGUGGUCCCAACCCUGUCAUCAAAGGAUCCAGUGUUGAGGAUGACGAUGGAAGACUUGUUGAAGGUGAAGAAUUUGUAGCUUUGGACGAUCCAUUGUUGUUGAAACUUAAAGUUGAUUCAAGAUUGAAAGCCCAGUUGAUUGCCGAGAAUUACAUGUUUGCUUCCUAUAUCAACUUACAAAAUAUAAGUCGCGAGUUAUUCACCUAUUUAAUCAAGGAAUUGAAUUGGGUAGUGGAUAAAUUUGGUAAACUAGAUUUUAGUUCCGAGUUUUACCACUAUUUAAAAACACAAGUUAGCUCGUCUUCAACCAAGGAUUGGGAAUAUUUUAUUAGUCAUACACCAGUAUUUGUUAAUCCGUAUGAGACAACUGAAGAAAAUCCCCAUCGUGAAAUUCGAACAUUCAAAAUGAUCAAAUUACCAUACUCCGAUUCAAUUCAAAAUAAAUGUCUUCGAUUUGGAAUGAUGUAUAAGAAAUCUAAAUUGAUAAAAAGCUAUACUAGAUACUUUUAUGUUUUAUCGUGCAACUAUUUGCACGAAUUUAAAUACGACGAAGAGCUUGCUUCUGCUGCCCAAGGAAAGAAGAAUAGUGCCAAAAAGAAAACGAUUGGGGGGUUUAUUGGUUGCGAUGAUGAACCUAUCAAAUCGUAUAACUUAAAUGACUACUCAAUCAGUAUCAAGGACGAGCUGUCUUGGAAGUUUGUGUUAACGAAAAGAUCGAAUAAAAGUAGCAAGAAAACUCUUAAAUGCGUUAAUGAACAAGAUUUCAAAUUAUGGUUUGAGGAUCUUUUUGAGUUGUUGAAGUUUGAAGCUGAUCAUUAUGCAAGAUUUGCUUUUAUACAAAGAAAAGCAGAACAAAACGGUGGUACAGAGGUCAAACCAAAGAAGAAAUCAAAUGUAGCUGCUAAUUAUAACACUGCUGCUCCUGCUGCUACUACUACUACUAAUAAUAAUAAUAAUAAUAAUAACAAUAAUAAUAAUAAUACCUCAGCAGGAGCAUUUGCUGCCUCGCAGGGUCUUUCAUUACAAUUGGACAAUAUGUCAAUGCCUGCUUUAUCGGGGAUGUUCACCCCAAAGAUUGGUACUCCACGAGGUUCACCUAAGAGUCAAUCGAAUCAGGGUGAGGCUAAUCCAUUUGAAGAAGUGUUUUCUGACUUACCUCCAAGUAGUAGUACUAGGGCAAGUUCAGUUUCAUCUUCGCCUUCACUUACACCAAGGAUUUCUUCACCAAAUGAUUCGAUGGCGAGUUUAUCUACUUUGAAUAAAAUAAACACAAACGGGGUAGUUGGACAUGAAGAUUAUUUGAAAUUACAACAAGCAUUCCUUAAACAACAGGAGGAAAUCCUUAAAUUGAAGAAUCGGGAAAUGGAAAAUAUCGAAUUGAUUCAUCAAAAAUUACAGUCCUUACAACUCUCCCAACAGUCUUCACUCGCGAAUAGCAACAAUAAUGGUAAUGAUCGAAAUAACAGUGACAAUAGCAAUAAUUAUUAUAAUAACAGUAGCAACAGUGGCAACAGUGGCAACAGUAGCAACAGUGGCAACAGUAUCAAUAACAACAAUGGGGAAGUAAAACUGGGAUUAGAUGUUAGGAGAGGGUCAGGAGAGAGUGUUAAUUCGUUUGUGUUGCACCAUAAUUCUGUGCCUUUGACUCAACGAGCCAUAUCUCAAGUGGAUGGUGGUAGUGGUGCUACUACUACUUUUACUUUAGGGGCAGAGAGCAAGGAGAAUGUAAGUGAUGAGAAUGGAGAUGGGAACAGAGAAGAUGUUGGUAGGAAAAUACCUACUGUUUUUGUAACUAGUGACCAUUAA